UGUUUGCAUUGUGUCUGAACUGCCGGCUGAGCUUUAAAAAUAUUAUACCCACCGCGGCAAUGUCGGGCAGGUCGGUCCGAGCUGAGACCCGGAGCAGGGCGAAAGAUGACAUCAAGAGGGUUAUGGCCGCUAUUGAGAAAGUACGAAAAUGGGAGAAGAAAUGGGUGACUGUUGGAGACACGUCCCUUCGCAUCUACAAGUGGGUGCCAGUGACGGAGCCCAAAUCAGAUGAUAAAAACAAAAAUAAGAAGAAGGGUAAAGAUGAGAAAUACGGCUCAGAGUUGACGACUCCAGAGAACAGUUCCUCUCCGGGAAUGAUGGACAUGCACGAUGACAACAGCAACCAGAGCUCCAUCGCCGACUCAUCUCCAGUCAAACAGGAAAACAGUUGUAGCACCAGCCCCGCCCCGGAGCCCACCGCAACGUCUCACCGCGAGAACAGCGAGGGCAAGACUGACCAGAGCCCGGACAGCAAGAGGGGUAAGACCACCCCGUCAUCAGAGACCUCAGAGAGAGCACAAAGUGCCAAGAGAGACAGUCUGUCCUCAGGGGAGAGGGACUCUUCAGACAACAAAGCCACUCAGGACCUAGAGGAGGAGGCUCCGCCCAGCAAGAAAAGCAAAGUGGAGUCCUCGUCUCAGGACUUUGAGGAGAGUUAAAUGUUUGGGGCUGAGUCAUUCCUCUCCUCCCUCCCUUCCUCCUCCCUCCCUCUGCACCUCCCUCCAUUAACUCUAGAUAAUUUAGGGCUAAUGGAUGCACCGGCUCUCCUCUCACUACCCCACCUCCCCCUCUCAAUACCAAAGGGAGAAUGGACGUCUCUCUUCCCCUCCUCCUCCUCUUGCCCUAACACUCCUCUGCCACAGAGGGAGAAUGGAUAUUACCUCUAUUCACUGGUCCCCUCCGUGCUUCCUUCCAGUUUCUCCACACCUUUUCACUAAUGCCAAGAGAAGCUCUGAAUCCCGGGGCUACAGUCCCCUCCGUGACCAGGGGGGCGGCGCCGUCAGCCGAGCCCCAGCCACCGCCAGGCCAGACGACAAACACUGACCUGCAUCUGUGACUAGAAAGAGUUAACACUGGGGAUCUGAGAUUAGGACGAGGUUGAUCCCGGGCGCUGCUCUGAGACCGCUUUUCAAAACGUUUUAGUGCUACUGGUUUAGCUCAGGAUACCCACGAGGCUAACCUGGUCUCAGAUCAGCGGCUGCGGGGGGAACCUCCGCCCUAAGACCACGUCACUUCAAUCCUCCCGAUUCGCCUCCUGUUAGACUAAUGUUCUAUAUUUGUUUAGGAAACGUUUAGGGUUUUUUUCUCAGGAGGGUCAAUGCACUGUUAUGGUAUGUCACAAUCGAUCACAGAUAGAUUUGCUGCUGUAGUGGAAGUCUUUUUUCUCUAUCCAUGAAAAGUUCUCCAUUCAUGUUUUUUUUAAGUGAGUUAGUUUGUGGUUUGUAGAAGAAGAAGAAGGUACUGGUCAAGAUUGGAUAAGUAGUGAAGGCAGGUAGCGUAGAUCCUGAAGGUGUGCCUUGAGUUGCUACGAUUAAAUACACGUUUUAGGUCAAGCAGGUUUUCGAAAUACAAUUUUGGUGCCAUGUUUUUGUUUUGUUGUUUUGCCUUAUAAUCAUCACUAAUUAGCAUUAUCCAAGAUUUAUGUUCAAUUGCAACACUUGUUUUUAUUCAAAGGAAUAAUUCAACAUUUUGGGAAAUAUUUAGAGUUAAAAGAGAGGGUUGAUACCACUCAUGUCUGCGUGUUACAUGUGAAGCCAGUUACGUUAGCUUACCUUAGCUUAGCAUAAAGCCUGGAAACAAAGGGAAACUGCUAGCCUGGCUUUGCGCAAAGUAACCCCCAUAAAACAGCCGCUGAGAGUGCUGCAGGGGCGACGUUUUUCUGUAGGUCGACCCAGAUGUUAGCAUUGCCCUGGUUCCCUCGUCAAAAAGCAACAGGUUUUUUUUUAUUGGAUUUUGGAUUAUUGCAGAAAACAAGCUCUGGCAAACAAAUAUUUUUGACACUUAGAUGUUUUGUUCAGCAAGAUUUGAAGCGUUAAGAUAUAAUGAACUACACCACGGUUGCAUGACUUAACGUUACCACCAUAACGAGGCGGCAAAGCCAUGUUGAUCAUGAUGACAUUCUGUAGUCUCCUUUAGCCACUUGUUAGCAACCACCUCUUUUAAGAUGCUUAAAGUUUACUGACUUAUUUUAUGUCAUAGAACAGAACAUUAAAGUCUCUCCAGCUUGUGUUAACCACAGAUCUUAUUUCAGGCCUCUAACCAAAAACCUGUUGACCUCAAGAUGAGGGAACUCAGACAGCUAAAAUGCUAACGCAUUCCUGCUGCUCUCUAUAACAGGUUAGCGUAGCAUAAGACUUGAAAUAACAGCUAGCCAGUUUCUGUCCAAAGAAUACCCGACAUAAAAUUUGUUUUCAAGCUUCUGUUUCUAUACAAAUUAAUCUUGUAGACUUAAUGUUUUAAUUAGUGAGCAUUAGAGGUGCUGGUAGGCGGAAUUAGCUCACUAAUUAACACGUAUCUUUGUUUAAUUUGUAUUAGGGACGUCAACGAUUAAUCGAUUACACACCAUGAAUAUUUUUGACCAGGUACACGUGUCUGACCAUAGGUUCAUUCUGCUGCUUCUCACUUUUCUGCACUGUGUACCACCCGGGUCUGGUGGGAACUAGCUAGCUGUGCAGCUCAUUUGGCGAUUACCGCUUGUAACACCAUCCCAACCGAACAGCAUUGCUGUGGAAACAUUGUGCCCACCCUCCUCAAGUCUACCCCAGGGCACUCCUUGGAGUAGUGGCUUAAUUUUGAGAUGCACAUCCCCUUUAGCAUUUUUAACUACUGUUAGCAGUGUCAGCACAGCUGGUAGUAGUGCUAACAUAGUAAAUAAUGCUAAAGGGGUUUUGCGGCUCAAAAUGAAGCUGCGUAUUCACCAGAGCUACCUGUGGGAGGAUCAGAGGGUGGGUACAAUCUCACAGCCGCUAGCUAGCUCCUACCCGAUCAAUGUGUUGUGCACUGCAGAGCAGUCAAGGCUAACGUUAGCUAACCAUUGAUGGGUGGGCAAGUGGGUGCAAUGUUUCCGCAUGUUAACAUGGCUAGCCGGCUGUCUGUUAGCAAAACCAACAGAAAAUAAAAUAAAAGCAGAUAUUUACAUCAUAAAACUAAAAUUUCACCACCUUUGAAUGGAUAGUUCUUCGAAAUGGGGCGCUAAAGCUCUCUGAGUCAGCGUAGCAUCAAAAGGCCUUUUGUUUUUUCACAUGUUAUGCGAAGGCUAGCUGUUUCCCCGUUUCCAGUCUUUAAGCUAAGCUAAGCUAACCGUCUCCUGGCAGCUGUAGCUUCAUCUUUACUGCACCGACCUGAAAUUGUUUUUCCCAAAAUGUGGAACUGUUUCUUUUAAACAGUUAAAAACUGGAAUUUGAACACUACCCAGAAGAACUUUAUAUUCUGGAUAUUUUAACAUCUGCAAACCUCAUAAUUCAGAGUUCCCGGAUGCUGAUCUGUUUGUACUUCAUGUGGUGUCCCCCCCCCCCUCCCCUGAAGUAGAAACCGACCAGUUACAGUUACUGGGACUGGUUUUCCCGUCUGGUCCACCAUCAUGACUUGUAUUUAAUCACCUCCCACCUCUGUACAUGUUCUGUGUGUCACUACUUAUCUCUGACAGAAGGGUCCAGUCUUUUAGCUCAAGCAUUGGUUCUAAUCCUCCUUCAAGGUGCUGUCUAUUGGCUGAAUCCAUACACGUGUGGCAUCAAGCACGCUCUCGGUUUUUGUGCAGAUUUGUGCAAUUUACUUGAACUUUAUAUAUACACACACACAUAUAUAUAUAUAGUGCGGAUUCAGACCUGUGACCUCUAAUGUACAACCUCACACAUGGAAGAUUCAGUUUCAUUAACAUUUACUCGCGGAUAUGGAUUGAAAUCAAUUGAAUCACUGCAAACCAAUGACGUCAUGACGUAACAGGGGCUAUAAGAAGUACUUUAAUACGCAGAAUUACUUGAUCAGAUUUCAGCAAAUCAGCAUUCACAUGGAUGGAGAGAAAAGAAAUUUUUAAAAUUGUCUCAGUUUAGAGGAUGGAUUAGCAUAUACCUCAUUCCCAGUCCAGCAGCGCUGGAACUUAAAAUGCUAUUGUAUUGACAUUAACAGUUAUAAACAGCAUUAUGUACACUUGGUUUAAAAAAAAAUCUCACUUAUGUUGUAGCUUUCACCUGAUUGAGCCGAUUGCUUAUAGUUUGCUCAUAACUGUGUGUUUAAAACAAAAAAGAGCUGUGAGAUAUAAAAUCUUGUAUGUUGUUUUUUUUUCUUGGGACCAUUUUGUUUCAGUUUAGAUCUUGUACAGAUUUAUGGUUUGGUUUGACUUAUUUAUUCCAUCAGUAGUGCUUGGUUUUUAUCAUGUCCAAUGGUUUUGUUUUCUUAAUAAAAUUCACAAAAGUU